AGCUGCAGUUCCACGUUUAUUAUCCCGUUCGAGAACUCGGCCGCAGAUUUUUAAGAACGACAUAAGCAGACAUGCCUCUUCCUGAAGUUAUGUUUUGUUCUCAGCAAAUUGACAUUCCACCAGAACUUCCAGACAUCUUAAAGCAAUUCACAAAGGCUGCUAUUAGGACACAGCCUCAUGAUGUUCUCCAGUGGUCUGCUGCGUAUUUUGGUAGUUUAUCAAGGGGAGAGUCCCUGCCAGUGAAGGAACGUGUAGAAAUGAUGGCAGCAAAUACAAAGACCACUACCGGGUUGACUCCAGGACUUCUUAAAGUGUUACAUAAACAACUGUCUUUGAAGAUAAUUGUAAAUGCAGAUGAACUGGAGCAAAAGUGGAAAGGUCUUUGCUUACCGCAAGCACAGCUGCAAAAUAUUUUGGAACUGGAUAGUUUUGGGAGAGAGGUGGAAUGGCUAAAAUUUUUGGUCCUUGCCUGUAGUACUCUCGGUGGCUCAAUUGCCAUUGCGCUGAAACAAGCCUGUGAAAUACUUACAGAGGACCCAGAAGGUGGUGCUGCUCGUAUUCCUUUUGAGACAUUCACAUUCCUUUAUAAGUAUCUAGCCCAGGUUGAUAGAGAUAUACCAGAGACACGGAUAGAAGAGGCACUUCUUGCCCUGCAAACUGAAGUGAAAAAGCAAGGUGGAAUGAUCCAGCCCAGAAACUUUUUAAGUGACCUAUGUCCUCCUCUGUCUUAACAUGUAAAUUCUCAGA